AUGCAAAGACAAGAAGAAAGAGAAUUACUAGAAAAGGUGAAAAAGGAACGAAAUAAAGUAAUUGGAGAAUCACAAUGGUCUGUUAUAUAUGAUGAAAUUGAUAUUGAAAGCCCCAAAUAUGAUGUAGAAUAUUUAUCAAGUUAUUUAGCAUGCAAUAAUAUGAAGGAAAAAGGACGAAUGCUUUUUGGACUUGAUGAAUCAGCUGUGAAACUAAGUCAGAAAAAAAUAGAACAAGAAAAUCAGAAAAAAGGUAAAACAAAAAUUAUAAAAGAUUUAUUUAUACAACAAUCACGGCAGGAACGAAUGAAUCAACAACAAAAAGGAAAAGAAAUUAUUAUUAUUGAUAGUGAUGAUGAUGACUAUGCUCCCAUUAAAAAGUUUCAAAAGGUUGAUAAUUUUAGGACCCCGUCAUCUUUAAACUUUAUGAAGCCACUUGAUUAA